AUGAAACAAAUGAACAAUGUAACAGAAUUCAUCCUGCUUGGCCUGACCCAGAACCCAGAUGUGCAGAAACUCUUGUUUGCGCUAUUUGUACUCAUCUACUCUCUUACACUUGUUGGUAAUCUACUCAUUAUUGCAACAGUCAUCUCUAGCCCAACACUGGGAUCCCCCAUGUAUUUUUUUCUGUCCUUCUUAUCCUUUGUGGAUGGCUGCUGUUCCUCCACUAUGGCCCCCAAAAUGAUUUUUGAUUGCCUUGCUGAAAAGAAAACUAUCUCUUUUAAUGGCUGCAUGACUCAGAUCUUUGCAGAACAUUUCUUUGGUGGAGUUGCCAUCAUCCUGCUCACAGCCAUGGCCUAUGACCGCUAUGUUGCCAUCUGUAAGCCCCUACACUACAUGAUCACAAUGAACAGGAGAGUGUGUGGCUUCCUGGUUUUCAUUGCCUGGGCUGGGGGAUUUCUUCAUGCUCUGAUCCAAAUUCUCUUUGUAGUGUGGUUACCUUUCUGUGGCCCAAAUAUCAUUGACCAUUUCAUCUGUGACCUUUUCCCUGUCCUGAAACUCUCCUGCACUGACAACCAUGUCUUGGGACUCUUUGUUGCUGUCAACAGUGGGCUAAUGUGCAUGCUAAUCUUUUCUAUCCUUCUUACCUCCUAUGUUCUCAUCCUUUGCUCUCUCAAGACUCGUGGCUCUGAAGAACAGAAAAAGGCUCUCUCCACCUGUGCCUCCCAUAUUACAGUGGUCAUCCUCUUCUUUGUACCCUGCAUAUUCGUUUACCUUAGGCCCAUGGUGGUCUUCCCCAUUGACAAAGCUGUGGCCGUCUUCUACACUGUGGUAACCCCCAUGUUAAACCCUUUAGUAUACACUCUCAGAAACACAGAGGUGAAAAAUGCCAUGAAAAAACUCUGGAAUCAAAGAAAAUGUAGAGAAAGAUUCUCAUGA